AUGAAAUUACGUAAAUUAUUAAUAUUAUUAUUAUUAUUAUCAUCACCAUUGUCAUCAUCACCAUCAUCUUCAUCAUCAUCAUCACCACCACCACCACCAUUACCACCACUAUUACCAUCAUCAUCAUCAUCAUAUUGUCAUAAUCAUUGUCAUUAUCAUCACCAUCUAUCUAUCUAUCUAUUAUUAUCUUCAUCAUCAUUAUCAUCAUUGCUAUUUUUUUUACUGUCAUUAUCAUCAUCAUCAACAUCAAAGGCUACG